AUGUCUGGCUUCAGCGCCAAUGUCUCCCCAGCUAUCUCUCAAAUCAAAACGAUGGAGAUCAGCCACGCCCGGCAACCAAUCUCCCUCGUGGAUCUACUAAACCCCUCCUCCAUGUACCCCGUCUUCCACAGCCUACGCGCCAGCCUCGACGUCCGCAGUAUCCUCGCGCUAACGUCCACCUGCAAACACCUCCAUGCCUUACGCCACUACUUAUGGGACAUUAAUCGCUCGUUACGGCCGUUUGUGGAUGAUCCGGCUGAGUUUCGUAGCCAGCUGGGAGCAGCAGACGGCCUGAUCUCGGGGAGUUUUGUGCUGCAGUUCUUUGAGGGGGUGUUUUGGGAAGAGUCGGAUUUGGAUGUUUUUAUUCGGAAUGAUGGGCGGGAGAGGGCGUUUGCGGCGUAUUUGACGCAUAGGGAGGGGUACGAGUGCGUGAAUCCGGUGGGGUCGGAGGUGGAUCCGUUAGAGUAUAAGAUGAAGGGGGACUUUAAGGUACUCACCUAUCUCCGGCCGUCCUCGGCCAACAACACUUCCCACCGCCCAAAGAUCCAGAUCAUAGUUACGAAGGACCUCCCUAUCUUCCGCAUCGUCCAAUCUUUCUACACUACCUGCGUCGUCAACGUCAUCUCCUGGAACAAAGCCUACGCCAUCUACGCCCGCCCCACGUUCGCGAACCACAAAACCUACCUCCUCAGAGGCGCGGACGACAUUAUCGGCGCAUUACUCCGCAAAUACAGCGACAGAGGAUGGCAAAGCCACGACGUGCUAUGGCCCGAAGAAGCGCGCUCGCCCCUCAACCCCUUCCGGACUCCCAGGCGGGUCGGCGAUGAAUUCACCUGGACGCUCCCGCUUUCCACCACCGGCGUCCGCACGCCGAAAACACCAGACUCAGUGCUCGAGUAUGCGCAGUUCGGCUUCUCCCAUAGCAACGACAAGACCAAUUUCGACACCCAGACCUUCUCCUUCCAAACCAGCUACCACGUCGAGAUCCUGCCCUUCCGCGCUAACGUCUUGCGCUACGAGUACACCUUCACGCCGUCGGACUCCAGGUGGUGCUUCUACCUCGGGGAGCGCGUGGAUCGGUUGACGUACUUGGAGCUGCGGAAGAUGAGGCCGGAGGAGCGGCCGCAGGAGUUCGAGCAGAGUAUCGCCAGGGAUGGGGAGCCGCAGACGCGGUUCUUGUAUACUUGGAAGUUCGAGAAGCCGGCGUGGUGGACGUACUACGAUGCGGAGAUCCCGAAGUGGUAUGAGCAGUUUGAGGAGGAUCAUGGGCGGAAGAAGGCUGGUUCGGUAUGGGCAUAA